ACGACUGGGGUUGAGUUGUCUAGAGUUUCGACUCUAACCCGAACAAUUUACUCUGAGUAAGGCUGUGGCUCUGAACGGUCCGAGUCGCUUUUUGGGUUAAAUAAAGCGGCGGGAGGUAUACAAAUAAGUGUAAGAGUUUGGUAUAAAACAGUUAGAAUAGUUUUCUUAUUAUAUCUACUUGACAUUUUAGUCGUCACAUUCUGCCGCUUACAUAAGUUAUGGAUGGCCGAAGAAAUGCCAUUCUUACGGCUAUUUAUGCGAGCAAACAACUGUUCACAUUAUUGUUUAGUGCAACGCUGGAAAGUGAUGACGAGGAGGACGAGUUAGCCGAGGCAUUUUUAUUGGAAGCCCAUUUAAGGCUACGUGGCCCGUCGAGGAAAGCUGUGCGAAUUGAAGGUUAUGUGGAAAACACAGUCCCAAGAUUUAAUACAAAACAGUUCCGUGAAAAUUAUCGAAUGCUGCCUAGCACAUUUGCACUGCUAGAAAAUCGUCUUGGCCCUAUUUUGGCAGGAGAUACUGGUAAUAAACCUUGCAUCCCUGUUCGUACGCAAUUGCUUGCUUCGCUGUGGCUGCUAGCAACACCAGAUUCUUUCAGGUCUGUGGGUCUGAAGCAUAAUCUCGCAAAGUCAUCUGUGAAUGCCAGCAUCCAGCGCGUUGUUGCAGGUCUCAACGACAUGGCAAAAAAUAUCAUUAAGUGGCCAGCAGGAGAUCAUCUUGAUUCUGUGAAACAAAAGUUCCAGCGUCUUUCCAAUAUGCCCGAUGUAAUUGGUGCGAUUGAUGGCUGUAAUAUAAGCAUUGAGGCUCCUAAGGAACACUCACUGCAUUAUAAGACAAGGAAAAGAGAUUAUGCUGUAGUUCUUCAGGCAGUGUGUGAUUCAGAACUGAGGUUUACUGACUGUUUUGCUGGUUACCCUGGUUCAGUGGGUGAUCGACGCAUUUUCCGGAACUCUGACUUGUUUCUGGAUGCAGAGCGUAAUGUGAAUGCUCUCUUCCCAAAUGGUGAAUACAUCAUAGCUGACAAGGCAUACCCUGUGUUGUCAUGGUGCAUUCCUCCCUACAUUGACAAUGGUCACCUAACACGAGCACACAAGCGUUUCAAUACAGUACUGUCGCAGUCAAGACAAGUCGUUGAACGUUCUUUUGCACUGCUGAAGGGAAGAUUUCGACGACUGAAGCAUUUAGAUAUGAAAAGGGUGGACUUAAUUCCAAGUUUUAUUCUUGCUUGUUGUGUGCUGCACAACAUUUGUCUGGAUGGGCUAGAAGAGGACCAAGUAGAAGAAGAUAAUGUUGAUGAUUUUAUUGGGGAAGGUCUUGAAGUAGUAAGGCAACAAGAACGGGAGAAUGAUGAUGAUGAUAAUAACAACAUACGCUUUCAAAAGGGUGAAGCUAAGAGAGCUCACCUUGUGGCCCUUCUCGUAAGAGAUAAUUGACAGAUCGACUGUUUACCUAUAAAUACAGUUGUAACAAGGAUUGUAAUAAAUAAUAUACAAAUGAA